CCGCGCAGGGAGUGGCAGGGCGGCCGCCGGGGCUGCAUCGUGCGGUGGCACCGAGCCCCCCGCCCCGCUCCGGCGGGCAGCCCCAGGGUGUGUGACGAUGGAAGAAGAGGUCCACCAGCGAGCAGCCUGAACAGGGACACCAGGACAGCUCUCUGAGACACUGAGACACAGGAGACAGCAAACAUGCUGAAGCCAAGUGGACUUAAAAUCCCUGGCAGGGCUGGGAAGCAUUCCAGCCCCGUGGGACGGACAUCAGGGAGCACCACAGCUGCAGUCACCACUGGCUCCAAGGAAGGAGAGUGCCUUCAUGUGAUGUAUUGGGUGCCUGCUGGGAUGGGAAGAUCCCCUAAAGGCUCACCUUUGCACAAGCAGGGUCCCGCCUCCACCGCCAGCACCGAGAAGUCGGGCUCAAAGGUCGCCGAGGUGGGCGAUGACUUCCUGGGAGACUUUGUGGUGGGCGAACGCGUCUGGGUGAACGGAGUGAAGCCGGGAGUGAUCCAGUACCUUGGGGAGACGCAGUUUGCCCCGGGCCAGUGGGCAGGGGUUGUUCUGGAUGACCCGGUGGGUAAGAAUGACGGCUCUGUCGGGGGAGUGCGGUACUUCGAGUGCCAGCCACUGCAGGGCAUUUUCACGCGGCCGUCCAAGCUGACACGGCAGCCGGUGGCCGAGGGCUCGGGCAGCGACGCCCCCUCCGUGGACUCCCUGACGGCCCAGAACUUGUCACUGCACUCGGGCACGGCCACGCCACCCCUCUCCACUCGCGUCAUCCCGCUGCGGGAGAGCGUCCUGAACAGCGCCAUGAAGACGGGCAACGAGUCCGGAUCCAACCUCUCGGACAGCGGGUCCGUGAAAAAGGGGGAGAAGGACUUACGGCUUGGAGACCGCGUGCUGGUUGGCGGGACAAAGACGGGCGUCGUUCGCUACGUGGGAGAGACGGACUUUGCCAAGGGAGAGUGGUGUGGUGUGGAGCUGGACGAGCCCCUGGGCAAGAACGACGGGGCAGUUGCUGGUACAAGGUACUUUCAGUGCCCUCCCAAGUUUGGCCUCUUUGCUCCCAUCCACAAGGUGAUCCGGAUCGGGUUCCCAUCAACCAGCCCUGCCAAGGCGAAGAAGAGCAAGAGGAUGGCCAUGGGAGUGUCAGCCCUGACCCACAGCCCCAGCAGCUCCUCCAUCAGCUCCGUCAGCUCCGUGGCCUCGUCGGUCGGGGGCAGGCCCAGCCGCAGUGGGCUGCUGACAGAGACCUCUUCUCGAUAUGCCCGAAAAAUCUCUGGCACCACAGCUCUGCAGGAGGCACUGAAGGAGAAGCAGCAGCACAUUGAACAGCUGCUGGCAGAGCGUGACCUGGAGCGGGCGGAGGUGGCCAAAGCCACCAGCCACAUCUGUGAGGUGGAGAAGGAGAUUGCCAUCAUGAAGGCCCAGCACGAGCAGUAUGUCACAGAGGCAGAGGGAAACCUCCAGCGGGCACGAGCCUUGGUGGAUGGGAUGCAGAAGGAGAAGAUUGAGCUGCUGAACCAGCUGGAAGAGGAGAAGAGAAAAGUGGAGGACUUGCAGUUCCGUGUGGAGGAAGAAUCCAUUACAAAAGGGGAUCUGGAGACUCAGACGCAGUUGGAGCAUGCCCGAAUACGGGAGCUCGAGCAGAGCCUGCUGUUUGAGAAGGCACAGGCUGAAAAACUCCUCAGAGAAUUAGAGGACACCAGGUUAACAACGGUGGCAGAGAAGUCCAGGAUCCUGCAACUGGAGGAGGAGCUGAGCCUCAGGCGCAGCGAGGUGGACGAGCUCCGUCAGUGCCUCAGGAGCUCUCACCAAGCAGAGACCCCUGAGCAUAACCUGGGCUUGCAGUCGGAGGCUCUUCGGCUGCGGGAUCAGCUGCUCUCUGCCAACAAGGAGCAUCAGAAGGAGAGCAACCAGCUGAAGGAGAAGUAUGAGAAGACGUUAAAGAAGUACCAGCAGGAGAUGGAGAAGCUGAAGUCCGUCAAUGAGAAGUACUCGCAGGAAAUCGUUGACCUAAAGCAUAAAGUUCAACAGGCCACGAACGAGAACAUGGGGCUCAUGGACAACUGGAAGUCCAAGUUGGACACAUUGGCUUCUGACCACCAGAAGUCUCUGGAGGACCUGAAAGCCACACUGAACUCAGGCCCUGACAGCCAGCACAAGGAGAUCGUGGAGCUGAAGGCGGUGGUAGAGAGCAUAAAGAUGGAGCACCAGCUUGAGUUGGAGAACCUGAAAGCAAAGCACGACAUUGAGACGGCUGUGCACGUAAAGGAGAAAGAGAGCCUCAAACUGAAGUUGCAGGAGGCUUUGGAUGAAGUGGAAAAAAGCAACAGCAACUGGAAAAUGCAACUGGAAACCAAAAGCAGUCAGCACCUUCUUGAGCUCCAGGAUGUGAAGGACAAGUGUCGAGAUGCUGAGCUGAGGGUGCACGAACUGGAGAAACUCCAUGGUGAAUACACAGACCAGACAGAAGCAAUAGCUUUCUUGAAAGAGCAGAUUUCUUUGGCCGAAAAGAAGAUGUUGGACUAUGAAACGUUACAGAAAACAGAAGCCCAGAGCAAACAGGAGAUCCAAAGAUUGCAGGAAAAAGUGCUUGUCUUAGAGAACAAGCUGCAGUCCAUGGAGGCCCUGCAUCCUUCUCAGCACGCAAAUAUGAUUGAAACUAAUGAUAUUUCAGAAGAAAAGAUAAAGAUGAAGCAGACUAUGGAAGACCUCCAAGACAAGCUGAGUAAAAGAGACAAAGAGGUGUCAUCCCUGGUGUCCCAGACUGAAACUCUAAGGGCCCAAGUAAGUGCUUUGGAAAAUAAAUGCAAAACAGCAGAAAAGAAGUCAGAUUCAGUGUUCAAAGAAAAGAAGAGGCUGGAAGGGGAACUGGAAGCCUUGACCAAGAAGACACACGAUGCUUCAGGGCAACUGGUCCUGAUUAGCCAGGAGCUGCUCAAGAAGGAAAGGAGCCUGAACGAGCUGAGAGCCUUGUUACUGGAGGCAAACCGGCACUCACCAGGGCCAGAGCGAGACCUCAGCCGGGAAGUGCACAAAGCUGAGUGGAGGCUGAAGGAGCAGAAGCUCAAAGAUGACAUCAAGGGGCUGCGAGAGAAACUGGUUGUGCUGGACAAGGAGAAGUCGGUGACGGAUCAGCGGCGCUACUCCCUGAUCGACCCCUCGUCGGAGUCAGAGGUGAUCCGGCUGCAGCACCGCCUCGUCAGCACGGAGGACGUGCUGCGCAACGCGCUGGAGCAGGGCCACCAGAUGGAGAAGCUCAUGGAAGCAAUGAGGCUCUCCUCUGAGAAAACACAGACUGUUGGAAAUUCUGGGUCUUCUAACGGGAUUCACCAGCAGGAUAAAUCCCACAAGCAAGAGGAGAAGCUCUGAUAGAGAAGAGCUGAAGAGGAUCAUUUCACGCCAGUAUCAGCUCCUCUGCACAGUCAGGAAAAACAACACCACAUCUGGCUUUUAGCACCUCCAAAAGACCACACACAGUAUUUUCACUUCAAAGAAGGACAAUGUUUAUAAUGUACUAACUGAUGUAAUCAGGACAAUCCUGGAGUCCAGUUUUCCAAGGCAACCAUUGUUCCAGGAGGGAGCAGAAGGAUCUCUCUGGGUUUGGUUUCUUCCUUGUACUGGUUUUGACUGUGGAAUUUGUGUUGUUUGAGCUGCCCUUGUCCCACCCGGUGACGUGGUCUGGGUGGCAGCUGCCCCGACCGGUGGCUGAAGUGUCAAUGAGUCCCAGUAACCCCACAGGAGCUGCGAAGGGAUUUGCUUGUAGUGUCCAACUCCAGAGUGUAUGCCCAGAGGCUGCACGGCUUCCCACGGGGUCUGUCCCUUCCCUCCCACCCACCCUAAUGUUCUGAGGACCUGCACAAGUGAGAGAAACCUGCUGGGAUGAGGAAAACAGGGUGUGGGGACGUGUUCCCCUCCUCUCCUUGCAGAAGACAUCACUGUUUUAGAGCACGGAGGCUGCACUUACUUCUUGUAUCAUAGCAUGUUGUGGGAAAUAAUCCAGUUUCAGAGGAAUAUUUAUUUUGUUUCUCCCCCCCCCCUUGCUGUUUUUGGGGAAGGAGCUGGUGGCUCUGAGUUUGGGGACAGGCACACUUUGCUCAGGUGUGGGUGACCUUUCUUCUUGCAGU